GUGACAUCAUCGGUCGCGUGCGCAGCCAUUUUCACUGAUCAUUUCAUUUUCACGCAUGCGCACACACACGUGAAAGGAUUGGAACAAUCGUUAGUCAUGGCGACUAACAAGUCGCACCUGCCGUCAUUUAUAUCAGCAAGUGACCGAGCGAAGCAAUAUCCCUCGAUUUUACAUGCCAGUGGGGGGAAAUUAUUUUGUAGCCCAUGUAACAAAGUACUAGACCAUCGCCGAAAGUCAACUAUAGAACACCACUUAUUAGGCCAGAAGCACCUGAAGGCUGAAGAGAGUUGGCGGUCCAGAAGGCAAAGACAAAUGACAACGACAGAAUCAUCAGAAAACAGAACAACGGUGGCAACAGCUGAACGUGUACAGACUUGUGAAGACUGGGUCCGCAUGUGCACCGCACUCAAUAUUCCACUAUCAAAGACGGACCAUCCCCUGGUGAGACUAUUCCUGUCAGAAAAAGUAAUAAAUGGAGGGAGCAUUCCAAGGUCUCACCAGCUGCAGGAAAAGUACCUGGGAGAUCUUUAUGCAAAGGAGAAGUCUGAAUUAAAGAAAAGGGUAUCUGGGAAACAUGUCGCAGUCAUAUUUGAUGAGACACCUGAUGUUGAGGGAAGGUGCGUUCUCAACAUUUUGCUUGCGCCCCUGGAGAAAGACCCAUCUGGAAGAAUUGUAGCUUACCUGGCCAACACCAUUUUUUUGGAUGUGUGCAACCAUUCCACUGUGUCCAUGUCUGUGGUAAAAACACUGCAGGAGUUUGACAUCGCCAAUGAAAAUGUCAUCGUGUUUGACACAGACAAUGCAGCAUACAUGCUGAAAGCUUAUCGCGAAGCUUUGAAGUCUUUGUUUCCACAGUCCAUUCACAUAACCUGCACGGCACACAUCAUGAAUUUGAUUGGAGGUGCUUUCCGCAAGCCUUUCACUGAACUCAAUGCAUUCAUGAUGCACUUUAGUCAGAUGUUCUACAUGGCAGGAGGACGAAAAAGAAGAUACCUGUCCCACUUGGCAGCCAAAAUGGAAGGCUCCAAGGCAACAAUGGCACCCAAUCCCUGUGCUACCCGUUGGAACUCCUGGUUCUGUGCAGCAGAAUACCACGCAAGACACUUCUCUUUCUACCGAGAGUUUCUUCAGUCAGAAAUGCAGGUUUGUGGUCGUAGUGCCCCAAUGUCAGUGGAAAAGCUUCAUGAAGUAUUCGAAGAUCCUGUCCAAGUCCAGUGUCGACAAAUCCAGUUGAGAAUCAUUUCAGACAAGUGCAAGGUGAUGUUGCAACUGUUGGAUGUUUUCCAAAGCAGAACCCCCGUCACAACGAAGGUGUUUAAUUACCUUGAAGACUUGCAGAUGAACCUAGCAGCAAACAAAGCGCUCCAUGAAGAUGUUUGUGCUGAGUACUUCUCUCAGUUUCCCUUGACUGGGGUGCAAAAGUCAGAAAUUCUCAGGCAGGUUGAGGAAGCAUUCGGUGCAGCUGAAGAAAAGGUUACAAAACACAUGUCCAACGGACAACCUGGGAUUGAGUUUUUGAAACAGGUCAGGGUCUUCCAACCAAAAUGCAUUCCUUUCAUGCCAACUUGCCCAAAAAGCUACAAUGCCAUCCCUGGCUUCGAUUCAGUGCCAAGUGAGGAGCUCAGCAACUACCUCAACAAGUUUGGUCCGGAAGCACUACAAGUUGCUGACAGUGGAACUGUCGACCUUGAUGUGUUUUGGCUUGGCCUGCGAGAAAGGCUCCCAAGCAUGAGCCAGUUGGCUUUGAUGUACAUGAAUGCUGUGUCAAAUUCAGCCGAUGCCGAGCGCAGCAACAGCAUAUACAAACUUGUUCUGUCUAACAGGAGGCGGUCAACAUCAUGUAGCAACCUGAAGGCUCUAGUUUUCCUUUACUACAACCAGAAAAUUCAGUGUGGUCUUUUUGAGUCAGAAGAGCCACAUGAUGAAAUUGACAUGUAA